CGCGUUCCUCAACUCUUUCCUCGGGCUGCAGUUGUGUGUGACUGCCGCUCUGGAUCGUGGACCAGAGGAAAGAAAUGUAUCUGUUAUGCGCCACAGGAUCCAGAGGUCGAUACUGUAAAAGAGCCGGUAAACUGUCAUGAUUCCCAUCACUGAACUGCGGUACUUCGCUGACACACAGCCGGCAUACCGAAUUCUUAAACCAUGGUGGGAUGUGUUUACAGACUACAUCUCCAUUGUAAUGCUGAUGAUCGCAGUGUUCGGUGGCACGCUGCAGGUCACGCAGGACAAAAUGAUUUGCCUGCCUUGCAAAUGGGUCAUGAACCAGACCUGCCAAAAACUCAAUGCCAGCGUGCCUCCUGAUUCUGAACCAAAGGGCAUCAAAUAUGACCUCGACAGACACCAGUACAACUACGUGGAUGCUGUAUGUUACGAAAACAAGCUCCACUGGUUUGCAAAGUAUUUCCCGUAUCUGGUGUUACUCCACACACUGAUUUUUCUAGCUUGUAGUAACUUCUGGUUUAAGUUUCCUCGGACCAGUUCGAAGCUGGAGCAUUUCGUGUCGAUUCUACUGAAAUGUUUUGACUCGCCGUGGACGACGAGAGCGCUGUCUGAGACUGUGGUGGAGGAGAGUGACCCAAAACCGGCAGGGAAGAUGAACGGAUCGACGGACAAGAAAACAUCGAGUGUCAGUGACCAGGAUGUGGAGGCAAGUGUUCCGAUGCUGCAAAGGACAAAGUCUCGGAUUGAACAGGGCAUCGUGGACCGCUCUGAGACGGGUGUCUUGGAUAAGAAAGAGGGAGAGCAGGCUAAAGCACUGUUUGAAAAGGUGAAGAAAUUUCGUAUCCACGUUGAAGAGGGAGACAUCGUACACCAUCUUUACAUCCGCCAAACAAUCAUCAAAGUCAUCCAGUUCAUCUUUAUCAUCUGUUACACCGUGUACUAUGUUCACCACAUUCAGUUUAGCGUAAAGUGUAUCGUGGACAUCGAGCGGUUGACCGGUUAUCGCAUGUACCACUGCGCUCAUCCGCUCGCGACUCUCUUUAAGAUUCUGGCCUGCUUCUACAUCAGUCUGGUGGUGGUUUACGGUCUCAUUUGCAUGUACACGCUCUACUGGAUAAUUAGCCGCUCGCUAAAACGCUAUUCUUUCGAGUCGAUCCGCGAGGAAAGCAGUUAUAGCGACAUUCCGGACGUGAAGAACGACUUCGCCUUCAUGCUGCACAUGAUCGAUCAGUAUGACCCGCUGUACUCGAAGCGUUUCGCUGUUUUCCUGUCAGAGGUUAGCGAAAACAAACUGCGACAGCUGAACUUAAAUAACGAGUGGACUCUGGAGAAACUCCGGCAGAGAAUCACCAAGAACUCUCAGGAGAAACUGGAGCUGCACCUCUUCAUGCUGAGCGGAAUUCCGGAUACAGUGUUUGACCUGCUGGAAUUGGAGGUGCUGAAAUUGGAACUAAUCCCUGAUGUAACGAUCCCACCCAUUAUUGCUCAGCUGUCCAACCUGGUGGAGUUGUGGCUUUACCACACACCAGCCAAAAUCGAGGCUCCUGCUCUGGCCUUCUUGCGAGAGAACCUCAAAUCACUACACAUCAAGUUCACAGACAUUAAAGAGAUUCCACUGUGGAUCUACAGCCUGAAGAACCUCAGCGAGCUCCAUCUCACUGGAAACCUCAGUGCAGAGAACAACCGAUUCAUCGUCAUCGACGGCCUUCGAGAGCUCAAGAGGCUUAAAGUUCUGCGCCUGAAGAGCAAUCUCACUAAACUGCCUCAGGUGGUGACCGAUGUUGGCGUACACCUGCAGAAACUCUCCAUCAAUAAUGAAGGAACCAAACUGAUGGUUCUGAACAGCCUGAAGAAGAUGGUGAACCUGACAGAGCUGGAGCUGCUGCGCUGUGAUUUAGAGAGGAUCCCUCACUCCAUAUUCAGCCUGCAUAAUCUACAGGAGAUUGAUCUGAAGGACAACAACUUGAAGACCAUCGAGGAGAUCAUCAGCUUCCAGCAUCUCCACAGACUGGUGUGUCUGAAACUCUGGUACAACCAGAUCGCCUACAUCCCCAUCCAGAUCGGCACCCUCACCAACCUGGAGCGACUCUACCUGAACCGAAACAAGAUCGAGAAGAUCCCAGCACAGCUGUUCUUCUGCAGGAAGCUCCGUUACCUGGAUCUCAGUCACAACAACCUGACCAGCAUCUCUCCGGACAUCGGCUUCCUGCAGAACCUGCAGUACUUUGCAGUUACUGCCAACAGAAUCGAGACAUUGCCUCCUGAGUUGUUCCAGUGUAAGAAGCUGCGGACGUUGAAUCUGGGAAAUAACUGCCUUACGGUGUUGCCGUCACGUUUCGGGGAGUUGACGGGCCUCACGCAGCUGGAGCUCCGCGGGAACCGGCUGGAGGGGUUACCGGUGGAGCUCUCCGAAUGUCGCCUUCUCAAACGCUCUGGCUUGAUCGUUGAGGAAGAUCUGUUCAACACUUUUCCGCCAGAGGUCAAAGAUCAGCUCUGGAGAAGCGAUAAAGAACAAGCCUGAGAGAAUGUGGUCCUUCGCCUUUUCUUUUAAUUCAAUUUUUUUUAUUAUUUUUAUUAGAGUAUGGGUUAGAAUGUCGACAUGAAAAAGAGGGUCAAUGAAGGAAAGAAAUGGACAGAGCUGUGCCAUCUCUCUGUAGACACACACACAUACACAGAAACACACACUAGAAAGGGAUAGUUCACCCUACAUUUUUUAAUUCUGACAUUAUUUACUCACGCUCAUGCCGUUCCAAACCCGUAUGACUUUCUUUCUUCCACAGAAUACAAAAGGAGACAUUUUGAAGACCUUCAAGCUAAAAGAAUAGAAUACAAAAGCACCAUAGAGGUAUCAUAAAAGUGCUCCAAGUUACAAGUUUUCUAAAGCUUAUAUAGCUUUGUCUGAGAAAAAGACAAAAAUGUAAGUCGUUAUUCACUGAAAAUCUUAAUCUACCAUCCUAAAUCCGAUUCAGUCGGAUAUUUCAAUAAACAAUGAGUUAGUUGGGGCCAGAUUUCCGAAACUCUUCUUAGCUACCAUUCUCUGAAUUUCUAACUUGAGAAAAAAUAUAAAAAUAUUUUGUAUUACCGGAAAAAUGUAAUAAAUAACUUGGUAAGAAAGUUCAUUCUAAUGGUGCGUUCACAUACAACGCGAAGCGAGCGUUUUACGCGGUGCGAUUACAUACAAAGUCGAUGCAAACAGACGCGAGGCGCGAAUAAUGCGCUUCAUUCACUUACGUGAGUUUACAUUUUUCAUCUCGAGGGAGAAAUUCGCUUGACGCAUUGUCGCAGGAGCCUAUCAGCAUUGAGAUUGUCCGGAUGUCACUGACGUAGUAGCAGAAGAAAUCUGGAAAAAUGGAUGAAAAAAUAGUUUGAAUGACACAACGUCAAACAUGUACAGAGACUAUGAACAAAGUCGAAGAAGCCCCUCCUCCUGUCCUUUUCCGGAAGGGAAGGGUUCAUGCUCAUGGUGGCGAUUUUAAACACAAAUUUAUAAUUCAGCGGUCAAACUCGCGUGAGCAAUGCGAGGCGAAAAGUUUCUUCGCGUUGUAUGUGAACGCACCAUAAGAAAAAUCGUAAGAUUUCAAACUCUGAAAAAAUUUCUUAAAAUCAUCGCAAAUAACGUCUUAAAGUUAGAAUAACCUCACAGUUGUCUUAAAUCCUAAAAGAUAAAUCCAUCCAUCUUCAACCGCUUAUCCGAAGUCGGGUCGCGGGGGCAGCUGCUCCAGCAGGGGGCCCCAAACUUCCCUAUCCCGAGCCACAUUAACCAGCUCUGACUGGGGGACCCCGAGGCGUUCCCAGGCCAGUGUGGAGAUGUAAUCUCUCCACCUAAUCCUGGGUCUUCCCCGAGGCCUCCUCCCAGCUGGACGUGCCUGAAACACCUC